AUGGCCCGUAAACAGAGAGCGGCUCUUUUGCCUACCAACAUUAUUCUUCUUCAGAAUCUUGUCAAGCGUGAUCCUUUGUCUUAUCGUGAAGAAUUUCUUCAACAGUAUGCUCAUUACGAGUCGCUUCGUGAUAUUCUUAUGGCCAGCUCCUCUUCGAUUAAAGAGAAUGGAAUCGAUGAAGAACUCCGUGAGUUGAUUGGCUUCAUCACUGCUGUGUGUCCUUGUUACAAAGAAGAAACCAAACAGUUCCCAGGAGAGCUUAAGACUUUAUUAUCCGAGCACCAUCGUGAUUUGAAUCCGGAAUUAAGAGAAAAGAUUAUCCAAUGUCUUGUCAUGUUGAGAAACCGUGACAUCAUUAGUGCUGAAUCUCUUAUUCAAACUAUCUUCCCAUUGCUUACUGAAUAUUCUGCUGUCAAUAACAACACAGAAACUAAUUCCAAAGCCCUUAGAAAGCAAAUUUUCCAUACCCUUGUGACAUUGUUGAAAUCAUUGAAUUCCGGAACUAGAGCCGCGAGAUUGAACAAAACUGUCCAAAACUUGUUUCUUAGUGGCUUAACUAAAGAAAAUGCGUUGUUUGUUACUAAAAUUACUAUCAAGUUGUGGUACUCGCAAAUAUGGAACGAUUCCCGUACCGUGGAAAUUAUGGUCCAGCUGACUCUUAGCGGGGAUGCCAAAGUUUCUGUUGCCGGUGCUAGAUUCUUUUUAGGUGCUGAUAAAGAUUUGUACGAAGAAGGUAAUGAUGAUUCUGAUGAUGAAGUCGAUAUCAGUCAGUUGAAGCAUCAUAUGAAAAUCAACAAGAAGACAAAGAAACAAAGUAAGAAGUUUGAUUCCGCCGUCAAAACCAUCAAGAAAAAGCAAAAUAAGGACCCAAAUAAGGGGACUGCGUUGAAUUUCACCGCUGUUCAAUUAUUGCGUGACCCUCAAGGAUUUGCCGAAAACUUGUUCAAACAAUUGGCCACUACCAGUGCCAGAAAAUUCAACAUGGAACAAAAAAUCAUCUUCAUGAACUUGAUCAGUCGUAUUGUCGGUGUCAACAAGUUACAAUUACUUGGAUUAUACUCUUAUUUCCUCAAAUAUUUGACUCCAAAACAACAAGAUGUCACCAAGAUUUUGGCGGCCUGUGCUCAAUCGUCUCAUGAUCUAGUGCCUCCAGAUGCCAUCAAUAUGGUGGUUCGUAAAAUCGCUGAUGAGUUUGUCAGUGAUGGUGUCAGUACUGAAGUUUGUUCUGCCGGUAUGAACUCCAUUCGUGAGAUUUUGACUCGUGCUCCAUUGGCAAUUGACCAAGCUUUGUUGCAAGAUUUAACCGCUUAUAGCAAGUCUAAAGCGAAGGCCGUUAACAUCGCAGCCAAAUCAUUGAUUUCUCUAUAUAGAGAAGUUGCUCCAGAGAUGUUGAUGCGUAAAGAUCGUGGUAAGGAAGCUAGUAUCAAAUUGCAAGGAUCUAAGAAGGGUAAAAGUUUGCAAUUCGGGGUUGAGAGUUCUGUUCAAGGAAUUCCAGGUAUUGAACUUUUGGAUAAAUGGCGUGAAGAACAGGGUUUGGCGGUUGAUGAUGAAAAUGAAGAGGCUGCCUGGGAAGAACAGCAGAAAGAUUUGAGCGAUGCCGAUGAUAUUGAUGGUGAUUGGGUUACUGUUGAAUCUGACAAGGAAUACGAAAUCAGCGAUGGUGAUGAUGAUAAAGAAGAUGAAGAUGAAAAAAUGGCUGAUGCUGAUGUAAACGAUGAUAGUGAUAGUGACCUUGAUUUGUCUGAUGAUGACGAAUCUAAGAACUUCGCCAAGACUAAAAAGAAUAAGACAAUUAGUAGAAAAGCAAAGAAGAAGAGAAGAGAAAUACAAGAAGCUGAAGAAAAGAAAUACAAUGGUGAUGCCGAGGAAUCCUUCAAGAAACUUGCUGCCAAUCGUAUUCUUACUCCAGCCGAUUUUGCUAAACUUGAAGAAUUGAAGAUGGAAGCCGGGGUUGAAAAGCUCAUGGGUAUCAAGAGCAGUAUUCGUAAUGAAGAAGAAGUUGAUGCCGAUGGUUUGGUGGGUCCAGUUAAGAGAAAACAAACUAAAGAAGAAAGAAUCGAGUCUAUUAGAGAAGGUCGUGAAGGUCGUGAGAAGUUUGGUUCUAGAAGAGGGAAGAUUGCUACUCCACACUCUACUACUAACCGUGAAAAGGCUCGUAAGAAGAAUUUCAUUAUGAUGAUUCACAAGAGACAAGUUCAAGGUAAGGCCAGACGUUCAUUGAGAGAUAAGCAGAAGGUUUUGCAAGCCCAUAUUGAGAAACAGAAAAAGAAGGGCUAUUAG